AUGGAAGGAGAGAUAAUAGACCAGACCCUUGCGGAUCAAGAGAAGUUCGAUCAUAACUUCCCCAAAGUUUUCUCUUGCUAUCGCGUUGUGAAAGUUAUCAAUCACGGUUCAUUUUCUGUUGUUUGCCUAGUCGAAAAUAUUCGAACCCUUCAACAGUACGCAUGCAAGAUUGUCAGUCGGCAAACGCUCAGAGAAAACGAAACUAUCCAACACUUCGAACAAGAAAUACGCUUUCAUCAAUCUCUUAAACACAAGAAUAUAUGCCAACUUUAUGAAAUUGUUUACGAGCAAGACUUUAUUUUCCUUAUCAUGGAAUAUUGUGCCAAUGGUGAGCUAUUCGAGUUGAUAACUAAAAGAGCGAGAUUACCUCAAUACCAAAUCCGGAAAUAUUUUUCUCAAUUAGUAGCUGCAGUUAACUAUAUUCAUUCGAAGAAUAUUGCUCACAGAGACCUCAAGCUUGAAAAUAUUUACCUUACAGAAGACAUGGAUAUACGUCUCGGUGAUUUUGGUUUUUCACAUAGUACAGAAAAGCAAGCUCUCCUUUCAACUUCAUGCGGUUCUAUUUACUACGUUGCUCCAGAAGUCAUCCGCGGAGAGCAGUACGAUGGUCAAAAAUCCGAUAUUUGGUCAUUAGGAGUUAUAUUAUACAUAAUGUCAACUUCGGCAUUACCAUGGACUGAGCAGAAUCAAUCAAGGCUAUUUCAACAAAUCGUUUCGGCGUCGUAUAAAAUCCCUCAAUUCGUUUCACCUGAAGCUGGCAAUAUAAUACAAAGUUGCCUUAAUCCAAUACCGUCGAAAAGGCCUUCGGCAGCCGAUCUGAUGAGUUCUUCUUACGUCGAAGGAUAUUUCAAGAACGCAGACCUCAAGGAAGACCAAAAUAGAAAUACGACUUCUUUUAGCGUAGUCAAAAAGAGAGCACUUAUUAUUCGUCCUAACCCGGCAAGCGGAUGUAGGGCGUCUCUAAACCAGACAAAUUCAUUAAUUAUGAGGAUUAAUGAUACAAAACGAUCUCGCGAAAGAAGGGCAACGCAGGAAGCCCCUGUACACGGAAGCAAGCUCUUAGAAAGUUUAUAA